AUGGCACAUCUUCUGCUCCCCUUGGCUCUUUCCCUCCUCACCACCGUUUCACUAAGUUUACCAACCACCAACAACUACUGGAGAUCCAUAAGACCAAACCCUUUUAAGUUCAGAACAGAAAAAUUCACGCACUUCCAGUUCUUUUGGCACGAUGUUCAGAGCGGUUCUAACCCCACUUCCAUCACCAUUGUUCGACAAUCACCAGUCAACACCUCCAGACCCAACGGAUUUGGCCUUGUCAACAUGAUCGAUGAUCCAUUGACAGAGAGACCUGAUAUCAAUUCGAAGUUGAUAGGGAGAGCACAAGGGAUGUAUGGGUUGGCUUCGCAAGAAGAAAUUGGGUUAUUGAUGGCGAUGAAUUUUGUGUUUAUGACAGGAAGGUAUAAUGGGAGUACUUUAACGGUGUUAGGGAGAAAUCCGGUGAUUCAGAAGGUGCGAGAGAUGCCGGUGAUAGGAGGAAGUGGGCUUUUCCGGUUUGCGAGAGGAUAUGUUCAUGCGAGCACGCAUAACCUGAAUACCACAACAGGAGAUGCCAUUGUCAAGUAUAGCGUGUAUGUAUUGCAUUAUUGA